AGGAAAAGAAAAAAGAAAAGAGAGGCUCAGCAGUUGGGUUGCAAGCUCUCCUUGCAGGCGGAUGCCUUUCUGGACUUUCUUGGGGAAAGGAGCAAAGCCAGGAGGAGCAGCAGCAGCAGCUCGAGAGCAUCAUCCAGACCCCAUGCUGCCCUCACUCAUCCUCUCUCUGCUGUCUGUCCUGGCAGAAGGGGCCAGCCUCCAGCCAAUCAGGAUGAACCACCUGGGAGUGUGCCCCAACCAGCUGAACCCCAAUCUCUGGGUGGAUGCCCAGAGCACCUGCGAAAGGGAGUGCCACACUGACCAGGACUGUGAAGGCUUUGAGAAGUGUUGCACCAACGUCUGUGGCCUACGGAGCUGCGUGGCUGCCCGCUAUGCAGACGGAAGCCUCUCCUCCCUGGAGCAAGUGCAGGAGGCCACAUGCGAAAGCUUUGUCUGCACCCAGCAGGGCUCAGACUGUGACAUCUGGGAUGGGCAGCCAGUCUGUAAGUGCAAGGACAGGUGUGAAAAGGAGCCCAACUUCACCUGUGCGUCGGACGGACUCACCUACUACAACAAGUGCUACAUGGAUGCCGAGGCCUGCAUCCGGGGCAUCAGCUUAGCCGUGGUGCCUUGCAAGUACAUUUUCACCUGGCCCAACACCAGCCCAGUGCCAAUGGAGACCACAGCUCACCCAACACCUGGCACGGCGGCUGAGCUGCCCAUCCCACCUGCCCUCUACAACAACCCUUUCCACCAGUUGGUCUACAUGGGGGGCACCGUGAGCUUCCACUGUGACGUCAGUGGGCGGCCCCGUCCUGACAUCACAUGGGAGAAGCAGAGCGACCAUCAGGAAAACUUCAUCAUGCGGCCUGACCAAAUGUAUGGCAACGUGGUGGUGACCAACAUUGGCCAGCUGGUUAUCUAUAAUGCCCAGCUGGAGGAUGCUGGGAUCUACACUUGCACGGCCAGGAACUCUGCCGGACUCCUGCGAGCGGACUUUCCACUCUCGGUCAUCAAGAGGGAACACUCUAGAGGAGAGCCCAGGGCGUCCAGCACUCCAGAGCUCCCACCCGGGGAGUGCCUGAAGGAACCUGACAAACAGGAAUGUGAGGCCUACCAGGUCCGCUGGCAUUUUGACGCCAAGAAAGGCUCUUGCGCCACCUUCCGUUAUGGUGGCUGCGGGGUCAACCAAAACCACUUUGCUACCUAUGAGGCAUGUCAACUGGCCUGCGUUAGUAACGCAGUCAACCUGUGCACUCUUCCUAUGGUGCAGGGGCCCUGUAAGAACUGGGAGGCGCGCUGGGCCUAUAACCACCUGAUGAAACAGUGCCACUCCUUCAUCUAUGGUGGUUGCGAGGGCAACGAGAACAACUUUGACAGCAAGGAGAGCUGCGAGGAUGUCUGCCCCUUUGCCAAGACCUUGCAGUGCAAAGCCUGCCGCCUGAAGAGCAAGAUGGUUCUGAGCCUGUGCCGCAGUGAUUUCGCCAUAGUUGGGCGGCUCAUGGAGAUCAUUGAGGACCAGGACUCCGGGAUUGCCCGCUUUGCACUGGAUGAUGUCCUCAAGGACGAGAAAAUGGGCCUGAAGUUCUUCAACAUCAAGUACCUGGAGGUGACCUUGACAGAGAUGGACUGGAACUGCCCUUGCCCCAACAUGACCACAGAGGAUGGGCCCCUCAUCAUCAUGGGAGAAGUGCACGAUGGCAUGGCGGUGCUAGACCCCAAUAGCUACGUCCGGACCGCCAACGACAAGCGGGUCAAGAAGAUCUAUGAGCUGCUUGAGAAGAAGACCUGUGAGUUGCUCAACAGAUUCCAGGACUAAUGUGGGUCCUUCUCCCUUGCGAAGGAGGGAGGACAGUUCAGAUGUGUCCCUCUGCAAAAGACAGUCCGCCUCUGCUCAUAGGACUGGACUGGCAUCUGGCAGGGCACAGCUUCUGCUGCUCUUGGAAGCUCUGCAUGCCUCACAGCCCUGGUUGCUUGUGAGCAGAGAAGGGGAAUCCUGACUCCCAUCCUCAGCCCAGGCCAGUUUCCAUGGACCAGUCCCGUGUUUUUUAUUGUUUUCCGUUAUUAUCACUCUUCUGUUACCGUGGGCUCUACUAUCUUUGUAACUACCUAUUGUCUGUUUUUUUGUGUGAGCUGUAAUUUAUCUGCGUCUAUAGUGCCCUUCUACCCCAGCUACGACUAUGUGAAAUAAUAAUGUUUGAAAACCAACUUUGUUUCAUCUCCAGUCACAGUGGAAAUAGUUAGCUCCUCCUUGCUUUCUGUUUUAAUGGCAAAUUCUACACCUAACCAAGAACCACUAUGGAGUUUAUCACAUGAAGGCAAUCGAGAGUUUAUCCCUGUGAAUAUCCUGGGGAAAUCGCGUAAUUACGUGUAACGAUUUCACACGACGUCACACAAAACCUGCCAUUAAAGUGGUCCCAAAGAAGCAUUAACGUGCAUCUUUUUACUUGUGGGAUAUCAGUGACAAUACAUUUCCAAUAUCACUUUAUUGGUGCAAUUGUGUGUGAUAAUCAUUCGCGCAAUUACCUGCCAUUUUCACUUUCUUUGUGGGAUGCUUUAAAUGCGCUUUAAUCUCUCUUUAAUGCUGAAAUUAGCCCCAGUGUGAUAAACACCUAUGUUGAGGACUAGUAAGGCAAAAGGGGACUAGUCUUACAGCAGACAUGGUUGCAAGAGGUGAGGAGGGGUUGCUUGUGAAAGAAAGAGGAGAUGUGGUUAGAUUUCCAAGCAUUUUCUUUGUACACAUGGCCCAUUUGAUUCACAAACUGGACAAUUAAUUCUUGAAUUAACCAUAGUUUCUCAUUUCAUCCAUACCAAGUUGCCAGCCUCAAAACAAGCCAGGAUAUUAAACUAACUUCUGAGUUAUUCCAAAGGUGGUGGCCCUGCUUUAUUGGUUCUCAUAAAACAGGAACAUGAACUCAA